GCCACGCACAGUGAAGUGACAUCGUUGUAUUACGUCAAAAUGGAUACAGAUAUUUAUAUUUCAAAUCUAUCAACGACUCCGCUGUCAAGUGUUGAGCUAAAUGCGGUAACUAAUCAUGCCAAUAAUGUGUCUUCAAAUAAUGUCAUGCCUUUAAUAGGAAGUUGCGUGGGUAGUGGUGAUGACCCUCAUGAAGACUUUUAUCGCACUGCCCAAUACGCAACAGGAAUGGUGAUCUACCCAAUUUUGUGUAUUAUUGGACUUACUGGAAAUGUGUUGGCACUUAUGGUCCUUAGUCAUAGGAAUAUGGCGACGUCGACUAACGUGUACCUCUCGGGCUUAGCAGUAUCGGAUACCAUUAAAUUAUUAAACGAUUUACUUUAUUUCAUAAUGUUAGUGAUUUCAAUAGACAACGAGAAAGCUGGUACUAAAAUGUUGGUAAGCGUGUACCCUUUUGCACAUUUUAUUUUCAACAUGUCAGUGUGCGUUACGGCUUGGUUGACGGUGUCGGUCGCGGUGGAGCGGUACAUCUCUGUGUGUUAUCCAACUCAAGCGAAACAACUGUGUACCAUUCAACGAGCUCGGAUUGUGUGUGUAUUUGUUUUUAUUUUUAUGAAUAUUUUAACUCUGCCUUCCGCCUUCACAUAUAAACCAGUGUAUGUUUAUGAUGAAGAACACAAUGUGUCUUGCCACGACAUUGGAUUAACAGAGCUUGGUGCCAACAAGGCAUUCAUGGUUCCUUAUCAAUGGGUUCAAAGUUCAUCAAGGGCCAUAAUCCCGCUUAUCGUUCUGGUUUUCCUAAACGUUCGCAUCAUCAACGAACUGCGAAAAGAAAGAGUUAAAGGAAAGACCCUGUCAUCGAGAAAUAAGAUUACUUUAAUGCUGAUUGUUAUUAUUGUGAUUUUUGUGGUGUGCAUAACCCCUGAUGCUAUCAUGUCGACAUUUUUUGGAUUUGGUUACGUCACAGAGACCAGUUUGGUGAAAGGGAUAAGGGAGAUAACCGAUUCUUUACUUGCUUUUAAUUCUGCUAUCAACUUCUUGUUAUACUGCAUUAUGAACAAACUCUUCAGAAUUACGUUUCUGGUUGUACUUUGUGGAAGAGAGCCUGCUAGGAUCGCUAAUGGUUCCAAGAGAUCGUUUAGAUAUGAACAAUCUACCAGACGAAGAAGCAGUAACAAGUUGAAAACGUUAUAUAAAAGAACGUCCACCACUUCGUUGUGACUAAAAACUGGACAAAGCGGACAUCUUCUGCCUUAAAAUACAAGUAAACCAUUCACUAUUGACAGAAUGCAGGAAGUGUGAAACCUGUAUUAGCAUUGUUGUGGUGCUUUACCUGUUUUCUAUGUUAAGCUAAAAUUAAGUGGGGUAAGCGCUGUAAACGACAGAGAAAAGAGACAAAGUUAUAAGAAUUUCGGAGACUUUGAUACUAUGGGACAUUGUUUAUCUAGUUUGUUCGAUUAUUCUGUUAAAUAUUUAAUGAUCUUGUCACUUGUCGGCCUACAAUUAAGAAACUAAUUAUUGGAUUAUUUAAGCGUUUAUAUGGUCGAUAGCAAGUUUCAGACGGUUAAUCGUGUAAAUAGUGUAUUAUUAUCACAUUGAGGCUGUGCAGCGUAAUUCUUUCUUCAAUACCAUGUGUACCCUUCCCGAAUCCCUCUCGAAACGCCCGGGAUUUCACGGCCCCAGACUUUUCAGUAAUGGCCACCAUCAUGUCGAAAUUGUUUAACUUUUACAACUAUGUCAUCGUAUUGUCUUUAUAUACCUCACUUCAAUGGCUGUGUUGACGCUAUAUAUUUAUCUAAAUAUUAUGAAAACUGUCGAGCUACAAUAUUCUUACUGCUGAAUACUUGAGGCAGAAUCUAAGAAAAUGCUGUAUUUGACCAGUUAGAUCUAUAUCUUAUAGCCAACAAGCACGGCCAGAUGGAGAACACAUUUAUCUAACAUUUAUUUUCGUACUUUGGAAUUUUAUAUGCCGCUAGUCAUUGUCCUGAGGUAGCCCAGAUUCUAAAUGUUGUCGCGUUCUUUGUUCUCACUACACUGUCUAGAACUUCUGAUUCUACUUCUGUGUGUUUGUGAUGUUGAAAGAGCUAGAAAAUUGUGCUUUUAGAUUUUGAAAAAAGGAUAUACACACUAUAGUUUUUCAUCGUGAUGUAGUGUUUGUGGCAUUAUCACAUAGUUUUUGUUCAUUCUUUUUUUGAAUCUUGAAUCCACAUUAAAAUUCAUUCUACAUUAUUUCACUUCACAAUAAUUGUAAAU